UCCCCCCUCUCCCCCUCCUCGACACCGUCCCGGGCUCACACCGGAACCUCGUCGAUUCGCCGCCUCAUCCUCCUCCGCCCGCUCCAGUCAGAGCUCACCGACGGUGCAGUCCCCUCCUCGGUCUGCGUCACCUACCCGGCACCUGGUCGAGGUUCAACACAGACACCCACCUGGUCGAGGUUCAACACAGACACCUGGUCGAGGUGGUUCAACACAGACACCUACCUGGUCGAGGGUCUCUCUGCCGACGUCCAUUCCAUCUCCCCCCCUCGCCUUCCCCGAUUCCUCCCAUCGGGAUCCCCCACCGGACCCCAAGCGGACCCCGCGAAUCGAGCCGAGGAGAACCCCCUCUCCUCCUCCUCUCCUCCUCCUCCCCCUCCUCUCUCACCGCUUCAUCCCCGACAAGAGCCCGGAUACAGCAAGACGCCAAGAUGGUGUGCGGAGGCUUCGUCUGCUCGAAGAACGCCCUCGGGGCGCUGAACACCCUCUACAUGCUCGUGGGGCUGCUGCUGAUCGGGGUCGCGGCCUACGGCGCAGGCUUCGGCAUCAUCUCCAGCAUCUCGGUGGUGGGCGGCGUCAUCUCCGUUGGCUUCUUCCUCUUCCUCGUCUCCAUCGUCGGCCUCGUCGGUGCCGUCAAGCACCACCAGGUGCUGCUCUUCUUCUACAUGGUGAUCCUGGUGCCCAUGUUCAUCGUGCAGCUCGGCGUGUCCUGCACCUGCCUCGCCCUCAACGAGAACCAGCAGGACACCCUGUUGGAGUUGAGCUGGGCCAACGCCAACAACAAGACCCGGGAAGACGUUCAGAAGUACCUGCAGUGUUGUGGCUUCACCAACACCACGGAAGAUCCGCUCUGCGCUGAGGCUCACCCCGAGUACACGCCUUGCCGCUUAGUCUUUGGCAAGUCUCUAGACGGACUCCUACGCGCAGUCGGGGGCAUUGGACUCUUCUUUGCCUUCACCCUGUUGCUGGGACUGUGGCUGACCCACCGCUACCGCAACCAGAAGGAUCCACGAGGUCACUCCGGGGCAUUCCUGUAACCUUCUCCACCUCCCUCGCCUCCUCCACCUCCUCCUCCACCUCCCUUCCCUCCUCCACCACCUCACUGCCACCCUCACCACCUCCCUACAGCCGUUUAUCUCCCGGUGGGCAGGGCGGGGGGGGGGUUGGUCACAUGACGACGAUUAAGUCGGUAUCGGUUUUCUAAAACUAAACCCCGUUAAUUCCACGGAGGCCGUUGCUCGGGCCCGUGUUUGUUCACGUCCUACGGCCUCGUUGCUCGAUGCGCGGCAGCCUGCGUAGUUGACCCUGUCGGGAGUAAAUGCAAAAAACUCAUUGAAUCUUGGCCUAGGGGGGGGGCUCGCGGAGAAGGCCGCACCACAGCGCUGUCCUGUGGGUGAUAUUUGUACUGGCUGUGCACGAAAACUACACCGGGAAUGUCGGGCGUGCGACUGUCUUUUUGCGCGCGUUUGUGGAGACGCGGUUUCACGUCAAGUCUGCGGUGGGCGCCGUGCACGCGAGGCUCGCUCGGCGAGCGACCGAGAGGAGUCCCCUGCGCCGUUAACGCUGUGGAACUUUGGCGAGCGACCGCUUUUUCAGUUAUUUUUUUUUCCCCGCUGCACCUUUGUAAGGGGUCCUCCAAAAAGCCUCUCCCACCCCCCUCUCUCUCUCGUGUGCGCGGGACCCGGUAUAUAUCCGCUCGCGUUAUUUUUGUGGAAAACCGGCAUGGGUUUGGGUUUGCGUCGUAAUUUCCACCUGCUUAUGUUGCUCUGUAGAUUUAACAGUGCGUGGGGGGCGGGUGGGUGGGUGAGCGGGGAUGAGUUUCGGAUUAAACGCUUUCACGUUUUUUCAGGACAAUUUCUGAGCUUUUGUUUUCACAUUUUUUUCCCCCCGAUCGUUUUCACUGCGCGAUGCGAGCGGCUCCUCGACGCCCGACGCGAGCGUCGUCACCGUCGCCGGUUACCGCGGGACACCAGGGAGAGGUUCCAGGCGACGUCACAGCGCAACGGCAUUUGGCAGUGACCUCACGUCUCCAGUUUAAAAUGCGGAUCGCAUUUUUACUUUAACAAAUUAUGCGGUGAUGCUUCCGCCGCCGCCGCCGCCGCUGCGUUGGCAGUGGUUCACACCAGCCCAGAUAAAUGACAGAAGACUCAAUACGUUCAUAAGUGACGCUGUGUGGUCAUAAAUGAAUCUAAAAUCAUUUACGUGCUAUAAAGAAACGGGCCCAUUGCCUGUAGCGUCGCCAAUUAUUAACAUAUUUUUUUUCUCUUUUAAGGCCCCACGCAGCCUUACUGACGAACGUGUUGACACUUGUACUGCAAUGUUCGGGGAAUGUAACGCUCCUGUCGUUUGACGGUCCGUGUCUGCGCUGGCACGAAGAUGCUCGGCGGGAGUUGGUGCGGGGCGGUGACGGGCGUGAACCGGAGAUUACGAGAGCCAGGCUCCGUAGGAGAUGGAGGUAUCGUCGCCGGGAGGCGACCUGUGCGAGUUGUGGACGGUGGUGGGGGGGGGGGCAUCGUGGGUGGGAGAUGAUGUGUGGGAGUUGGAAUGUCGUGCUUCUGUCUGCAAGGGGAGCAAAAUCAUUGAAUAAACGUGGUCACGUGGA